AUGGAUCUCGAGCGGGCUCGCAGAAAUUUGGACCUUGUUCGGAAGGGUCAACCAGAGGUUUGCGAGGGGAGCGGCGAUGAAUGUGAUGACGGGGAUAUUAACCCGGGUUUGGAUAUGGAUGUAGGCGGCGGUACCCUGAUUCCCGAUUCAUUGGGAUUAUCUUCUGUGUCUUCAGUAGCUGAAUCACAAGAGGAAGUGCCGAUUUUUAUCAAUACUCAGGUACAGGGCCAGCUGGAUGAUCUGGAGCAGGAAAAUAUAAUGAAAUCCAAGUUACGACAAUUCGACUAUAAUCUUGAUUCUUCACAGGCAAAAUCAAUCUUGAAAUCCUGGCCAGCGGUAAAAUCUAGAACAAGCACAAGAACAAAAAAAAGAGUACAGAGCGGAGCAAAAUCCGUAACACAAACAAAUAUUGAAGGGCAUUCAAAAUCAGAAGUUCUUCUAAAGAAACUAUCUGGCAAACACAGCAAAAUUAAAGAUAUUCUAAAAACUCCUCAACUGUCAAAAUCGGUGAAUAACAAGAGAGGAAAAAAGACUCCGAUAAAAUAUGAUAUUUAUAAUGCACAGGAAUGGAACCAUAUAUAUCAGCGACUGAUGGAGACAUUUCCGCAAACGAAAUACAAGGAGGUGGGCGAGGUUUAUCACUUUCUGUACGGGGUAGAAGGCACGAAGCAAGACCUUUGGACGUCGUCUCAGCUCCCGCCCGAUGAUUCUUAUAAGGAUCAGUGCAUGUCAUCACCCUCAGGGUCACCGAUGAAAGAAAGUCAACAGGCCACGAUAAUGUCUUUAUCUCAAGUGAUGAGUGAUGACUUUGUAGGGGAAAAACUUGAAGAAAAUCAUGGGCAGGGUUCACAGAAAUAUGACGAAGCAUCACAGUCACCUUUCGAACAUCGGACAAACGAACUGACAUCGGAAGAUCCAAUAAACCAACCAGAUGAAGAAUAUGAUGACGACGAUCAUAUCUCUAUUGUAUCGGACACUACAGAUGAGAGUUUUCCCGUGCCACCAGUAAAGUCAGAAAAUCCAUAUAAAGGCACCUUAACGAACUUUGGUGCUCCCCCCAUUUUACCGCCUCCUAAUACAGAAGGAAUAAUUGAUCUAACUAGCUCUUUUAAGGCGGUGCAAUGUCUUAUAUCUCCACUAAAAUCGGACGAAACCACAUCUAUUCAAGUGCCGGCCACUAGAAAUCCUACGAUACGAGCUUCACCGAAAAUUUGGUCUGAUGAGCCAAGAAUGGGCGCCAACAUGAUUCGACUGAAAAUGCGGAAAAUUCAGCUUUCGUCCGCCAAAGAAUAUUUUUCAAGACUGUUUGAGAUGCACUUAAUAGAUGCACAGACGAAUGUACCUGAUACGGAGGCAGAAGAUAAUGAUGAGGACUUCUGUGUAAUUGAUUUAGAGCCCAUUGCUGAAAAUUCCCGGGAUGGUCAGGAGUUCCACCUAAACUCUCAAAUUCUGUCUCAAUCUGCGGCAAAAAUGCGGCAAAAUCUGAAGGAGAUUGGUCUGAAGCCCUCAAGAUCUAAAUCAGAGAUGAUUGCAUCCUUGCAAGCAGCAUCCCAAGUUCUAGAUGCUAGUACGGAUACAAAGGAACAAAGAAAAGAAGUUUAUGAUCUACUAACAACGUUGGUACAGUCAUCUCCUUCGCUGCAUGAGAAAGUUUACACCUUUCAGCCCAUUGUCUUAAAAGAUCUCAUAAAACAGCUCGCAGCUGCAAAUCCGUUCGUAGAUCAUUUGAACGAACCAAUCAUUCGCGAAUGGGCAGAUAUGCAGGGAAUUUGUUUGAGGUCCUCUUAA